AUGAGGACCGUACCGAAGUGGGUUAAUAAAAUUCAUGAAGCUGAUAAAGUUGAAUUUUCCAGUGUCCACACAAUAUGCUUCAGCCCAGAUGGUACACAGUUAGUAGUGGGUGCUGGAGAGAAGGUUAUGGUAUACAACCCUCAUGAUGGAUCUCUUGUCCAGCUUCUCCAAGCGCACAAAGGGACAGUGCAUGCUGUUGCUUACUGUAGUGAUGGCAAAAAAUUUGCAAGUGGAAGUGCUGAUAGAAAUGUUAUAAUUUGGACAUCCAAAAUGGAAGGUGUAUUAAAAUAUUCGCACGGUGAAGCUAUACAAUGCUUAGCAUACAACCCUGUGACAAUGCAUUUGGCGUCUUGUGCAAUAUCUGACUUUGCCUUUUGGUCUGCUGAUGUUAAAGCAGUGCAGAAAUAUAGGGUUUCAGGUCGUAUCACCAGCUGUGCUUGGUCAUCAAAUGGGCAGCACUUAGCCAUAGGUUUAGCUUCUGGUGGAGUAAGUGUAAGAGAUAAGGGUGGAGACGAAAUACAAAGAAUAACGAGAGAUGCAGCUGUGUGGGCAGUGACUUUCUCUAAAUCUACUCUUUUAGUUUCGGACUGGAAUGAAAUGUUGUCUUUCUAUAAUCUACAGGGUCAACAAGUUUACAAGGAAAGAAAUAUAGGCAUUGCUGCAUUGUCAAUAUCACUUUUGGGGGCAUUGGUGCUGGUGGGCGGUGCUGGCGGCUGGGCCGUAUUGACAUCCGAGGGAGUUCCUAUCACUAACACUCAGCAAGAAUGGGUGUGGUCGAUUGCACCAUCGCCUUCUGUCAGCACUCUGGCUGUGGCUUGUCAAGAUGGCACACUAUGGUGUUAUCAAGUGGUGUUCAGUACAGUUCAUGGUUUGUACCGCGAACGAUAUGCCUACAGGGAGAAUAUGACUGACGUCAUAAUACAACACCUUACAACAGGAAAUAAAGUUAGAAUAAAAUGUCAUGACAGAGUACAGAAGAUUGCAAUAUACAAACACAGACUUGCGGUCCAGUUGCCUGAACGAGUAGUUGUUUAUGAACAAGGUGAUGUAGAGGGAAUGUUAUAUCGGGUCAAAGAAAAACUACCUCAAAAAACUGAAUGUUCGUUGUUGGUCGCUACAAGCGAUGCUUUGUUACUUUGUCAAGAUACCAAAUUAGUCAUGAUUGGUAGACGACUACCAAAGUCAUGGACAGUCCCAACUGCAAUACGUUACGUGAAGGUUACUACAUUAUACUUUGAAGAGGUUCUUUUACUAGGGCUUUUAAAUGGACAAAUUUGGCAAGUGGAACCUUGCGACGGAGAAUCCAAAAUGAUACUACAGACUCCUGCGAGUGUUCGUUGCCUGGACGUUAGCGCGUUGCGAAGUCGUCUCGCUGUCGUCGAUGAGUCGUCCGUCUGCCGCGUUUACAGUCUACCGACCGGUGAUCUGCUUUACACGGAGGAGAACGUGUCAUCGGUAUCGUUCAACUCGUGGUGCGAUGAACUUCUUGCCUUAUCAGGCGACGGGUUUCUCUCAAUUAAAGCUGAGGGUAGAAUAAUACUAGUUUCUAUUUUGUGUAACUUUCAGGGUGGAAGAGUGUUUUGUUUGCAAGCUAACUCUAUGCAGACUAUAAACGUACCAUUGUCUCACGCAGUUCACCAAUAUAUUCAGCACAAACUGUUUAAUGAAGCUUACGCCGUGGCAAGUUUGGGAGUUACUCCAUUGGACUGGGAGCGAUUGGGCAUGGCUGCACUCGAAGAAUUGUCCUUCGAAGUAGCCAGAAAAGCCUUCCAACGCAGCGAGAAUAUUAUCUGUCUCACUCUUAUCGAUCACUUGCAGGAGCGUUUCGAGGCGGGCGAGAAGCGCAACGUGAUAGUGGGCGAGGUGUGGGCGUACCGCGGCCGAUACGCGGAAGCGGCGCGCUCCUUCCACAGCGCGGGCCGGGACGAUCGGGCGCUCAACUUGUACGUCGACCUGCGUAUGUUCAACAAGGCGCAGGAGUACGUGGGUGAGGGCGAAGGCCUAGCUGCCCUAGCUCGCCGUAGGGCCGAAUGGGCUCGGCACGUGAACGAACCGCGCGCCGCCGCGGAAAUGUACCUGGCAGCCGGUGACGUACAGAAGGCAGCGCAACUAAUGGCCGAGAGCGGCAAGAAGGACAUGUUGAUAGAGCUAGCCCGCAAGUUAGACAAGGGGUCUAGUGAAUCCCUGCGGCACGUUGCGGAGGCUCUAGUGAUGGCCGGCGAGCCCGCCACCGCCGCAGACGUCUACUGCCGCCUGGGAGAUUACAGAAGAGUCGCCCAGUUAGCGGUGUCAUCUGGAGAAUGGUCGCGGGCAUUUUCGCUUGCGCGUGAACAUUCUGAGUGUAAGCGAGAGGUGUACCUGCCGUACGCGCAUCACAUGGCGCAGCAAAACAAAUUCAUAGAGGCUCAAAAAGCUUACCACAUGGCAGGUGAGAUCGAAACUGCGAUCCACGUCUUCACCAUACUAGUGGGCAAUGCAGUCGCCGAGGAGAGGUUCAGCGACGCCGGAUACCUCCAUCACUUGCUCGCAAUGCAAUGCUUGGAGAGAGCUGAUAUGCACGAUAUCAAGGAACGGGAGACUCACAUUCUGUCGUAUCGCCACAACGAGCGACUGGCGCGCAUAUACCACGCAUACGACGCCGUACACCGCUGCGUGCAUGAACCGUUCUCUCUCAGUCAGCCCGAUUCGUUGCUGAACGCUGCGAGAUACGUACUGGCCUUGGUUGAAGAGAAAACGCCGCCGGGCGUUUCCAAAUUUUGUUUAUAUCUCUGCUUGGCUAAGCAAGCUAAAGCACUGAACGCGCAUUCAUUAGCACGCCAAAUGCUGGACAAGAUACUGGGCCUUCAAAUACCGCAGAAGUUCCAGGAGAGUGUCGAGCUGAUGAUUCUGAAGACGCGCGCUAGUUGCGGAGAGGGUCGCGACGAGGAGAUAUCGCCGCUUUGUUGGCGUUGCAGACGACACACGCCGCCUCUAUGCGCCACUAGAUGUCCCCACUGUCGGCAUGCCCUUGCGCAUUCAUUAGCGACACACGAAGUUCUCCCUUUAGUGCAAUUUGAACCUGAAGAAGGCAUUACAUUAGAGGAAGCGCUGCAGCUGAUCGAACGCACACCCAUCCCGGAAACGGAAUCCAUGGAGGACACCGGCGGCGCUGAAGUACUGAGGAUAGAUCAUGAAGUAGACUCCGGCGAUCCUUUCCUGGAUAAAGUCGACGAGGUGGAGGACGGCGGUGUAGUGGUUUGCAGUCGUUGUGCCUUACUUCAACUGAAUCCUGGUAGCGUGGUAACAGUAAUACGGGGAAUACUGCCGCCCGUGUUGUAUCGUAACAUGCUGCCCGAGCUGCCCGCGACCGCCUGCCCUUCUUGCCACCACCUGUUCUAUCUGGAAGAUUACGAGAUCCAAAUAGUGACAAAAGGUCACUGCCCCUUUUGCCGGUACUCGCCCGAAAAAGCGACUGACGACGAAGGAACCGAAGAUUCAAUUGUUAACGGGUCAACGACCUCUACUCCUGGUAGUCCGAGCAACGGCCAUUCCUGGAACUAA